GCCCGCAGCAGCGACGAGGAUGGGACUGCAGCGGCCUGCGAGCUGUGCGGCCGCUCUUACCCUCAUGAGCAUGUUCGCGCCAUGUACCGCGGCGGGGGCGGCGGCGGGGGCGGCAGCGACGGGGACGACAGCGGCUCAGAGGAGGAGAGAUGA